UGUCCGUAAAAAUGAUGUCACAGAAUUUUGUUUUCAUCAUGGGUACUUUGCUUAUGUGCGUCUACAUACAUAGGUCGGAAAGUGAAAAUGCCUGGGCAAUCGAGAAUCUCGUCUCGAGAUUCCAAGUCGUAUGCCGUUGUCGUAAGGUCGGAUUUCAGUUGUGCAAGAACGAGAAGGCAAUUGUGAGCCUUUCUCUCUCGACUCUCACGAGAAUCGAGAAAGAUAGCAUGUGUCAGUUUGCCUUCGUCGGCUCACCGGAACUGUACGAGCUCACGUACGCGUGAUCUGGCAUCAUUGGCGACGAGUUCUUUGGCUAGUAACCCUGAUCGACUGUCAUAAGAAGGUGUUGUGAUUUUUCGUUAAAACGCAAGUUCUAUACCAACAACAAAAUGAAUGCACCCCCAACCUUCGAAUCAUUUCUUCUGUACGAGGGAGAGAAAAAGAUAAUUAAAGAACAGGACACGAAGGUCCCCAAUGCCGCGAUCUUCACGGUUAACAAGGAAGAUCAUACUCUUGGAAAUAUGAUUCGUAACCAACUAUUAAAGGAUCCACAAGUUCUGUUUGCUGGAUAUAAAGUUCCACAUCCAUUGGAACAUAAAUUUGUGAUUAGAAUCCAAACAACAUCGGACUACACACCACACGAGGCCUUUAUGCAUGCAAUUACCGAUCUUAUAGCUGAACUCUCGUUAUUUGAAGAACGUUUCAAGGAGGCUAUCAAGGAGAAAAAGGAAGGCUUGGAUUAAAUCACAGUUACUUAAAUCGCCUGUAGCUUAUAAACAACUAUUGUAAAUAAAUUAUUAUCUAUAGAAUUUUUGUAUUACACGGGAGACCUGAUUUAUCUUAAAGCAAGAAUGACCAAUAUUUGUAUAUAUG